UUGUUAUUACUUACUUUAUUAGCUACUUACUUACCCUCUUAUCACUUCCUUACCUUAUUAUUAUUCAUAUUACCUACAUUACCUUACUAUCUCUCUUAUUACUCACAUUACCUUAUUAUCUCUCUUAUUACUCUUAUUACCUACAUUACCUUAUUAUCACUUCCUUACCUUAUUAUCACUUCCUUACCUUGUUAUCACUUCCUUACCCUAUUAUUACUCUUAUUACCUUAUUAUUAUUCAUAUUACUUUCUUACCUUGUUAUUAUUCAUAUCUCUCUUAUUACCUUCUUAUUACUCAUAUCACCUAUAUUACCUUCUUCCUACUCAUAUUUCUCUCUUCCUUAUUAUUCCUACUCAUAUCACUUCCUCUGUUAUCACUCACUUUACCCUCUUAUUACUUUCCUUACUAUUCCCUUAUUAUCUCUCUUACCUUAUCUUCCCUACUUAUCUAUUAUACUUACUUAGUUAUACUCGUCUUAUUACUUAUUAUUACUUACUUAUUACUUAUUAG